AGGGGUUAAGUUGCUUUAAUGGCUAUGGCGGCGUGGCAGACCUGUAAAUUUUUGGUUUCUUUAAUGCUCACGUACAACCACAGAAUUGAAUGAAGGCGUAUUCUUUCUUUCUUUCUUUCUCUCAUCUUCAAACCAGAAUUCAGAAUUGAGUGCUCAUAGAUAUCUGAUUUGAAUUGAAACCCAGAAGAAAAGUCACCAACUUUUAUAUAUUUUUAUCUGUUUUUGUUAUUUCUCUUUAAUAAUUAAGCUAUCUAGAAAUAGGGCUAGGAGGGAGGACAUAAAUAAAGUUUAGGUUGGAUUUUCUUUUGCUAUGGAUUAUUGUGAGUCACAAUUGGGGUGUUGUAGUAGCAGUACUUGUCACAUAAGCUUAAAGGUGCUGCAGAAGCUAUGGCUGGCUUCUUCUCAUUAGGAUCUGCAACUUACCAUAGCCAACAAGACCCUAACACAAACCUCCCUUCAAAUCCCACUUCCAAUUCUAAUCCUACUGAAUCCAGCAGCUGGUUUUUGUACAGCACAACAAGGAACACCCAUGACCGUCCCACCACCACCGCCACUACAACCACCAAAGAUUUCGAACUAUGGCAGCAACCCCACGCUGAUGGUGUUCAUAAUCUGUUAACUGGAGGAGCUGUUGCUAUGGGCGGUGGUGGUGGUGAUGGCAGGCUCAUAAAUUUCUCAGAUGAAUCCACCUGGGGAUCUGCGGCUUUUGUGAUGAUGGGGCAUGGUGUCAGCGGCGGCGGCAGUGGUGGUGGUGGGGUGAGCUGCCAGGACUGUGGGAACCAGGCCAAGAAAGACUGUCCUCAUAUGAGGUGUAGGACUUGUUGCAAGAGCAGAGGGUUCCAGUGCCAAACGCACGUGAAAAGCACAUGGGUUCCGGCCGCCAAACGCCGGGAGAGGCAACAAUAUAUCUCCGCCACACAACAAGAUCAGAGUCGCCGUCGUCCUCAUCCAACCACCAAAAGAACAAGAUCCUCCCAAGAUCAUGAUAACCCUAAUAUGGUUCAUCCCAAUGCUAUCGCUUACAACUCCUCCUCAGGGUUAGAGGUAGGGAAUUUCCCCUCAGAAGUGACCACACCCGCAAACUUCAGAUGCGUAAGGGUGAGUUCGAUUGAUGAAACCGAAGACCAAUUCGCAUAUCAAGCCGCGGUGAACAUAGGUGGACAUAUGUUCAAGGGAAUUCUCUAUGAUCAAGGGCCUGAAGGUCAAUACAUGGGUGGCGACACCUCUUCCGGUGGCAGUGCUGGUAUCCCGCAGCUAAAUCUCACCACCGCGUCCCCUGGUAAUUCGACGGCGGCUGCAACUUUUAUCGGCCAUUCUCUAUAUCCAUCUCUUGGUGGCAACGAUUACAUGACCAGUACGCAAUUCUUCCAUCAAAUUUCAAGAGAUUAACCACUCAUCAAUCAUCAAGUAAUAACUUCUACACACAAAUUGGACUUGUUAAUCAAUGUUACUUUUCGGCUACCUAUGUCUCACCCUACAAUUUACUCGAAAUUUGAAGGUUGUGAUUUUGCUUUUCUCAUUUUAUUUCUGGUACACAUUUCGAUGCAAAGUUGAAUUUAAGGUCCAAUAUUAUACUCUUGUUCUAAAAAUUUCUUGAUUAGCAUAGGGGUAAUGGGCAUUUAAGUAGCAGACAACUCCUAGGAGUUCUGUCCAUAUUGUUUUUUUG